GACUUCCCUAUUCUGUGCCAGACAUGUCUUGGAGAAAACCCGUAUAUUCGAAUGACCAAAGAGAAAUAUGGAAAAGAAUGCAAGAUCUGUGCCAGGCCUUUCACAGUGUUCCGCUGGUGCCCUGGGGUGCGCAUGCGUUUCAAGAAGACAGAGGUGUGCCAGACGUGCAGCAAGCUGAAGAACGUCUGCCAGACCUGUCUGCUCGACCUCGAGUAUGGUUUGCCUAUCCAAGUCCGGGAUGCAGGACUCUCCCUUAAGGAUGAAAUGCCCAAGUCUGACGUCAAUAAGGAGUACUACACCCAGAACAUGGAACGAGAGAUAUCCAAUUCUGAUGGCACCCGACCAGUGGGUGCGCUAGGAAAGGCUACGUCUACCAGCGACAUGCUGCUGAAGCUGGCUCGGACGACGCCUUACUAUAAACGUAACCGUCCUCACAUCUGUUCCUUCUGGGUGAAAGGAGAGUGCAAGAGAGGAGAGGAGUGUCCCUACAGGCAUGAGAAACCUACGGAUCCAGAUGAUCCUCUGGCUGAUCAGAACAUCAAAGAUCGUUACUAUGGAAUUAAUGAUCCUGUGGCUGAUAAACUGCUGAAACGGGCAUCGACCAUGCCUCGCCUAGACCCCCCUGACGACAAGACUAUUACUACGCUCUAUGUUGGAGGGCUUGGAGAUACUAUCACUGAAUCAGAUCUCAGAAAUCACUUCUACCAGUUUGGGGAGAUCCGGACGAUAACGGUGGUGCAGAGGCAGCAGUGUGCUUUCAUCCAGUUUGCCACCCGGCAGGCUGCGGAGGUGGCUGCUGAGAAAUCCUUCAACAAACUCAUUGUCAACGGCCGCCGGCUCAACGUCAAGUGGGGAAGGUCCCAGGCAGCAAGAGGGAAAGAAAAGGACAAGGAAGGUACUACAGAGUCUGGGAUAAAGCUGGAGCCGGUUCCAGGACUUCCUGGAGCUCUCCCCCCUCCUCCGGCUGCAGAAGAGGAGGCUUCUGCGAAUUACUUCAACCUACCUCCCAGUGGCCCUCCAGCCGUGGUGAACAUUGCCCUGCCGCCUCCGCCGGGCAUCGCUCCGCCACCACCUCCAGGUUUCGGACCACACAUGUUCCACGCCAUGGGGCCCCCUCCUCCCUUCAUGAGAGCCCCGGGCCCCAUUCACUACCCGUCUCAAGAUCCCCAGAGGAUGGGUGCCCACGCGGGAAAGCACAGCAGCCCCUAGCACGUCGUGCCGCCCUCAUCGUUGCAGUAAAUGUUAUUUUCUAGUUGCCAUGGUAGCACCAUAUGUUGAGCUGUGGGUGAGCUAGAGAAGCCGUGUUUCCCUGCUUGCAG